UCAUCACAGUGUACUGCACGAAUGCGUUUCACAUAACAUUCCUUUGGGAUUUGUACACUUGCCGGUUUCAUUUUCUAUAUCUUUCCACCUAAUAGGAGAUACACUUUGUUUUACGCUGACAUGCUUUUUGUUUGCUUGAUUUGCAGCCAGGGCAGAAAAUCAGCCAGUUGAUAAACUUGUGUGACUCUUGCGUGGCUAUCAGUCUCACCGAGUUAUUACUUUCCACCCACUGGAGCUCAAAAGAAGCCCACAGAAAAGGCAUCUUCUGCUACAAGCGGGAGUUCUUCUGUUUGAGGGGAGGAAGAGGAAGAGGAGGUGAGCUGAGGUGUGAGUGGAUGCAGUCAUGGCCUGUACCUCCUGUUGUUCUUAGAGCGGCGACCCAUUGGAGCAGACCCAUUACAGACAGAGGGAACCAGGAUGAAACUGUGGGGGACAUCAGUUUGGCCUUUGCAGGUGGCCUACCUCGCUGCCUUGGCGAUGCUCUGCAUUGACCCUGUGUCCGCUGGCAACCGCAGUCAUCGGGGAUCGACAGUCUCCUACCAGGUGAAGCAGGGGACAUGCGAGGUGGUGGCUAUCCAUCGCUGCUGUAACAAGAAUAAGAUCGAGGAGCGUUCCCAAACUGUCAAGUGUUCCUGUUUCCCUGGGCAGGUUGCUGGCACCACCAGAGCUAGACCCUCGUGUGUGGAAGCCUCCAUCGUAGCCCAGAAGUGGUGGUGCCAGAUGCAUCCGUGUAUGGAUGGAGAAGAGUGCAAGGUUUUGCCUGACUUGACCGGCUGGUCCUGCAGCACCGGCAAUAAAGUCAAAACUACAAAGGUCACACGAUAACAAGAGCGCUACCUGAGCAAGAGGAACCAUUCUUGGUGUGGACACAAAGAGUGGAUGACUCACACAUCGACUGUACAAUGGGGAAAAUAUGAUGUCAGCAUAUCCAUCACAAAACUAGACAAAUUGCACCCUCGAUAAAUGACGUACUUGUGGCCAUGUUGAGGAGACUACAAUCAUGGAUGCCCGGAGUGGACAUGGACCGGACUGGACAAAGGGUGGAUUCAUUGUAACGUCACCUCUGAUCAAGCAUUUCAAAGCAUAUCUUGUAGCAACACAUUUGCGGAUGAGUGAGAUGUGCAAUGCAAGCCGUAUGUUACUGGACACAACCUAGGCCUUUUGUUAGCAUCUUAUAUACUGGAGCAAAGAGAUAUCAGCUCAUAACUAGCAAACUAGCAUCAAAUUGCUCUUAUGGGUCCAGUCACCGCCACAAAGACUGUUUUGUGAGAGUCAAUUUGCAGUUCUAAUUAGGAAUUGCAGUGUAGGACCAUAACAACAUACAGUAUUAAAAAUUCAUGUAUGAUAUUUACACUGGUUGAACUCUCUUGGGAAUGUUUUGUUUGUCCCGGUAUCGCCCGCAUCACUAUGUGGAGGUCAUACUGAAUUUAAAGUGAGCUGCUUUUAAAAGCUGACAUUUAACAAGAAGACAAAUAUGAGUAAAUGUAUCACAGCCCAUUCCAUCUCCGUGGUUGACAACGUGUCAAUCUUUGGUCUCGUAUUAAUUGGUACAGUAAAAACGAGCAAAGCCAUGCGUUCAAAAGGAGACCUCAUCAAAGGUUCGUCCUGGAAAUGAGGGUGCAUGAGUGAUCUUUGUGUGGGAACGCCUGCUGUUUUCUCUCUGGACACCUCAAGCAUAUGUGCAAAACAACGUACUGGAUGAGGGUCAUUUGGAAGUACCUUUACAAGGAGCUGGAGGUGUUUGUCUGCAUGCACUGAUUUCCCCCCUGGAAGCCUUUCUGCAUCAAUAUUUCAGUGAGAUAUGGUGAAAUAAUUGCUACAAAUAAUGGCAGUUCAACCCUUUGCAGGCUUUCCCCACAGGGUCAGUCACUGAUGCUGCACUGAGGAGAUGGCAACAACCCAAAGCAACCAUCUUACAUUUCUCUAUUCAUUCUCUCCAUCCUCCCUCUGCUUUUAUAAUCCCUUGUUUGUCUCCCCUUCCCACCUUAACUCUGCAACAGUUUUAUAUGUGUGAGUUACUUUUGUUUUCGAGAUUUCCCAAAUCUAUUAUUUCUCUCUUCAAUCCACAUCCAAUUGUGCGUCCUUCCCGAAAUGUGUCCCUCUGCCUGUCUGAU